AUGGCUGAAAGUAGGUUUGAGUCUUUGUGCAAAAAGUUGAAUAAAAAUCCUGACAUGAGAAGUAGAUAUGAAACUGAAAUGAAUGGCUACAUUGCAAAGGGGCAUGCACGUCGUUUGUCACCUGAGGAAGCUGAAUUGAAAUCUGAUCAGACGUAUUACCUACCGCACCAUGGGGUUGUAAAUCCAAAAAAACCCAAAAAACUACGUGUAGUGUUUGAUGCUGCCGCUAAGUACAGUGGACAUAGUCUGAAUUCUAAGUUGAUAUCGGGGCCAGAUUUGACUAACAAUUUAGCGGGAGUUUUGAUGCGGUUUCGUAAGGGUGUAAUAGCCAUGGCCGCCGAUAUCGAAGGCAUGUUUCAUAAUGUGCGUGUGCCUACAUCUGAUCAGGAUUCUCUUCGCUUCCUCUGGAAAGACCAUUUAGAAUCGCCAGACCCACCUUCUGAAUACCAAAUGUGCGUCCAUAUAUUUGGAGCAAAGUGCUCUCCAUGUUGUGCUAGUUAUGCUCUGAAACGUGUAGCUAUUGACAACUUAGAGUACAGUCGUUUAGCUAGGGAAACAAUUCUCAGACAAUACUACGUUGAUGAUAUGCUUAGAGGGUUUGAUGGUACCCCUCUGGAAGCUACAUCACUAGCGUUGGAAUUGAUCGACUUGAAUAGCAGGGGUGGCUUCAAACUUACCAAAUGGGCCUCCAAUUGCCCAGAGUUGUUAGAGGCUGUAGCAAGUGUAGAUGGUAUCAAAACCCAUUUGAAAUUAGAUUUAGAUGGUAGUGUGAUUACUCGAACUCUAGGAAUCGCCUGUGAUUUGACGCAUGAUAUUUUCAUAUUUGACACUGUGAGCUUACCAACUGUGGAAACCCUGACUAAGCGUAUCCUACUGAGUAUAGUCAGUACAGUAUUUGACCCAUUAGGUUUUCUAGCCCCUUUCAUUGUGAGAGCAAAGAUUCUUUUACAGAGUCUAUGGGAGAAGGGUCUCAAUUGGGAUGAUCCCAUUCCCCUCGAUGAGUAUUUGAAGUGGGAAACAUGGUUGUCAGAGCUUGAAGAUUUGCGUCUUUUCAGUUUGAGGCGAUGUUUUUGGCCAAAUGGUUUGAUACCAAUGAUAUUCAAUCUUCAUGUGUUCUGUGAUGCCUCUGAACAAGCCUUUGGUGCUGUUGCGUAUCUGCAGCUUAUUUCAUCCCAGGGAUUGGUUCACUGUACUAUUAUUAUGGCUAAGACACGUGUCGCCCCUGUGCGGAAGAAUAGGUUAACUUUACCUCGCCUGGAGUUGCAGGCUGCUGUACUUGCGGUACGCUUGUUUCGUACAAUUCGUGAAGAGAUAGAUGUUCAGCUGACUGCUGUUUAUCUCUGGUCUGAUUCCAGUAUUGUUCUACAUUGUAUCAGAAAUGACUCAAAAAGGUUCAAAACAUUUGUGGCAAACCGCAUAGCUGAAAUCAGACAAGAAACAAAUCCAUUUCAGUGGCGACACGUGCCUAGUCAAUUGAACCCUGCAGAUGAUUGUUCACGCGGAUUGUUGGCCAAUGAAAUUCGACCUGGUCACCGUUGGCUUGAAGGGCCAGAAUUUCUACACUGUGUCAAUGAAAAUGGUUGGCCCUCACAAAGUGUGUUGAAUAGGGAAUUAGAUUUGGAGUCUAGUGAAGUUGUCAAUGAGGUGAAACACACUGCAGUAAUUUCUACAGUAGGUCUACAACAUUCAGUUGUGGACAUUUCAAAGUUUUCCAGUCUCGUGCCCUUGAAAUGUGUUGUUGCAUGGUGCUUUCGAUUUAUUCACAACGUGCGUAAUAAAAAUCGUGAGGUUGGCAGGCUCUCAAUUGCUGAAUUGAAUAAAGCAACAUUAUACUUGGUCAAGGUCGCCCAACAUGAAAUGUUUGGUGAAGAAAUUCGCUUGUUGUCUGAAGGUAAAACUUUACCACGUGGUAGCCCGCUGUACAAAUUGAAACCGGGUUUAAAUGGACAUUUGCUUCGUGUUGGUGGUCGUGUUGACAGUGCAAGGAUGCCCUAUGCUGCCAGACACCAGUUACUCUUACCAAAGAAACACGUUGUGACUGAAUUGAUUGUACAAGAUGUGCAUCGGAAUUUACUUCAUAGUGGGGUUGAACAUGUUGUUUCAUCGCUGAGACGUGGAUUUUGGAUACCAGCCAUCAGGCAGAUAGCGUUUUAUAGCUCGACGCGGGUGUCCUAG